UCUGUGUUCCACUGUUCGACAAUUAGAUGUGUGACUGUUCCACAAUCAAAUGUUCCACUGUUCCACCAUCUCUGUUCCACUAUUCCACUGUUCCGCUGUUCUACUGUUCAACCAUCUCUGUUCCACUCCUCCACUAUUAGAUGUUCUAGUGUUCCACCGUUAGAUGUUCUAAUGUUCACAAUCAAAUGUUCUACUGUUCCACCAAUAGAUGUUCCACUGUUCCACCAGCUCUGUUCCACUGUGCCACCAUCUCUGUUCCUCUGCUUCACCAUCACAUGUUUCACUGUUCCACCAUCUCUGUUCCACUGUUGUACCAUUAGAUGUUCUACUGUUCCACUAUGAUUGUGCACUGUUCCACCAUCAGAUGUUCUACUGUUUCACCAUCAUCUCUGUCCCACUGUUCCAUUAUCAGAUGUUCCACAUUUACACCAUCCGAUGUUCUAAUGUUCCAACUCGAGAUGUUCCACUGUUGUACCAUCAGAUGUUCCACUGUUCCACCAUCAGAUGUUCUACUGUUGCACCAUCGCAGUUCCACCGUUCAUCCUUUCGAUGCUCUACUGUUCCACCAACAGAUGUUCCAGUGUUCCACCAUCAGGUGUUCCACUGUUCCACCCCUGGGGGGUACUGCCAUAUAUGGGCUAUAUAGGUAUGUGCCGCUGUGAAGGGUAUGGUUUUCAAUCAGUUCACUCUAGGAUCAGAGCGUUUGGGUCUAGAAUAGGGUAUCAUUUUUCAGGAAACUGAUCAGUUGGUUGAAGAUUUUAUCUAGACUAGGGAUUGUGGUAUAAGGUUUUGUUUUGACUAGACUGUGCUAGUGACCUCAGUAGUUUCUGGAAAACAGCUACUCUAGGAUAGGGGGGAUUUGGGGAGUUUACUCUAGUAUAGGGUAGCAAAAUUCAGCUGAACUAGCUUUAGUAUAGGUUAAGGGUUCCAGAGUCCCAGCGGCACAUCACCACCCAGAAAUUCCUAAAGUACCCCCGAGAGUUCCACCAUCAUCUCUGUUUCACUGUUCCACCAUCAGAUGAAACAUUGUUCCACUAUCAGAUAUUCUACUGUUCCACCGUCUGAAUACCACUGUUAAUCCAUUCGAUGCUCUACUGUUGCACCAUCAGAUGUUCCAGUGUUCCACCAUAUCUGUUCCAUUGUUCCACCAUCAGACGUUCCACUGUUCCACCAUCUCUCUUCCACUGUUGCACAAUCAGAUGAUCUAACGUUCCGCCAUCUCUCUUCCACUGUUGCACAACCAGAUGAUCUAAUGUUCCGCCAUGCAUCUCUAUUCCACUGUUCCACCAUUAGAUGUUCUACUGUUCCACCAUCGGAUGUUCCACUGUGCCACCAUUAGAUGUUCGACUGUUCUACAGUCUCUGUUCCACUCUUCCACCAUCAGAUGUUUGACUGUUCCACAAUAAAUGUUUUACUGUCCCACCAUCUCUGUUCCAGUGUUCCACUGUUCUAGUGUUGAACCAUCUCUGUUCCACUGUUCCACCAUCAGAUGUUCCAAUGUUCCACCAUCACAUGAUCUACUGUUCCACCAUCAGAUGAUCUACUGUUUCACCAUGCCUGUUCCACUUUUCCACCAUCAGAAGUUCUACUGUUUCACCAGAAGAUGUUCCACUGUUUCACAAUCAUAUGUCCUACUGUUCCAAAAUCAGAUGUUCUACUGUUCCGCCAUCUCUGUUCCACUGUUUCACCAUCAGAUGUUUUACUGUUCCAAAAUUUCUGUUCCAAUGUUCGGUCAUGACUGUUCCACUGCUCCACCAUAAUAUGUUCUACUGUUCCACCAUCUCUGUUCCACUGUUCUACCAUCUGAUGUUCUACUUUUCCACCAUCUCUGUUUCACCGUUAAACCAUCAGAUGCUUUACUGUUCCACCAUUAGAUGUUCCCCUGUUCCAAUAUCUCUGUUCCACCGUUUUACCCUCACAUGUUCUACUGUUCCACCAUCAGAUGUUUCACUCUUCCACCAUGAUUGUUCCACUGUUUCACCAUCAGGUGUUCUACUGUUCCACCAUCUCUGGUUCACUGUUCCACCAUGUAUUUUCCACUGUACUACCAUCACAUGUCCCACUGUUCAACCAUCAGACGUUCUACUGUUGCAUAACAAGAUGUUCUACUGUUCCACCAUCAGAUUUUCCAUUUAUCAACCAUUAUUUUUCCACUGUUCCACCAUCAGAUGUUCUAGUGAUCCACCAUCAUGUCUGUUACACCGUUCCAAUGCGUAUUUUCCAGUGUACUACCAUCAGAUGUUCCACUGUUCCACCAUCAGAUGUUAUACUGUUCCAUCACCAGAUGUUUAAUUGUUCCACCACCUCUGUUCCACUGUUCCACCAUCUACGUUCCAUUGUUUCACUGUUACAUGUUCUACUGUUCCACAGUCAGAAGUCCGACUGUUCUACCAUCACUUGUUCUACUGUUCCACCAUCAGAUUUUCUAAUGUUCCUCCAUCUCUGUUCCACCGUUAAACCAUCAGAUGGUCUAGUGUUUCACCAUUAGAUGUUCUACUGUUCCACAAUCUCUAUUCCACUCUUCCACCAUCAGACGUUUCGCUGUUUCACCAUCUCUCUUUUACUGUUCCACAAUCAGAUGUUCCACUGUUCGACCAUCAUAUGUUCUGCUCUUUCAGCAUCUCUCCUCCACUGUUCCGCCAUCAGAUAUUUCACUGUUACACCAUCUCUGUCUCACUGUUUACCCAUCAGAUGAUCUACUGUUCCGCCAUCUCUGCUCCACUGUUCCACCAUAAGAUGUUCUACUGUUCCACCAUCAGAUGUUCCACUGUUCCACCAUGAUUAUUCCACUGAUAUAUCAUCAGAAGUUUUACUGUUUCCCAAUGUAUUUACCACUAUUCCACCAUGAGAUUUUCACCAUCAGAAGUUCUGCUGUUCCACCAUCAGAUGUUCUAAUGUUUCACCAUCUCUGUUCCACUCUUCUACCAUCAGACGUUCCACUGAUCCAGCACCAGAGGUUUUACUUUUUCACCAUUCGAUGUUUUACUGUUUCACCAUCUCUCUUCCACUGUUUUACCAUCUUUCGUCCACUGUUCCACAAUGAGAUGAUCUACUGUUCCGCCGUCUCUGUUCCCCUGUUCCACAAUAAGAUGUUCUACUCUUCCACCAUCUCCUUUCCACUGAUCCAUCAUCAGAUGUUGUACUGUUGCACCAUAAGAUUCUUACUAUUCCACCAUCAUCUCUGUUCCACUGUUACACUAUCAGAUGUUGCACUGUUCCACUGUUACUGUUCAACCAUUAGAUAUUCUAAUGUUCAAACUUGAGAAGUUCCACUGUUCUAUCAUCAGAUGUUCCACUGUUCCAUCAUCAGAUGUUGUUACUGUUCCAUCAUCUGUGUUCUACUGUUCCACCAUGUUUUUCCACUACAAAAAAAUCAGAGGUUCCACUGUUCCACCAUCAUAUGUUCUACUGUUUCACUAACUCUCUUCCACUGUUCCACCUUUAGAUGUUCCACUAUAUCUGUUUUACUGUUCCACCAUCAGAUGAUCUACUGUUCCGCCAAUUGUGUUGCGCUGUUCCACCAUCUCUGUUCCAAUGUUUUAUCAUAAGAUGUUCUACUGUUCCACCAUAAGAUGUUCUACUGUUCCACCAGCAGAAAUUCAACUGUUCCACCAUCUCUGUUCCACUGUUCCACCAUAAGAUGAUCUACUGCUCGCCAACCUCUGUUCCACUCUUCCACCAUCAGAUGUUCUACUGUCUCACCAUCUCUGUUCCACCGUUCCACAUUUAGAUGUUCCACUGUUCCACCCUAUCUGUUCAACUGUUCCACCAUUACAUGUUCUACUGUUCCGCAACUUUGUACCACUGUUCCACCAUCUCUGUUCCACUAUUCCACUAUGAUAUGUUCUACUGUUCCACCAUAAGUUGUUCCACUGUUCCACCAUCAGAUGUUCUAUGGUUCAACCAUCAGAUGUUCCACUGUUCUACCAUCAUCUCUGUCACACUGUUUCACCAUGUAUUUUCUAUGUUCCACCUUGAGAUAAAACAUUGUUCCAGUAUCAGAUGUUCUGCUGUUACACCAUCUUAGUUCCAAUGUUCCAAAAUCUCUUUUUCACUGUUUCAGCAAUAUAUGUUCUACUGUUGUACCAUCAUAUGUUCCACUGUUCCACCAUCAGAUGUUUUACUGUUCAACCAUCAGAUGUUCUGCUUUUCCACCAUCAGAUGUUAAACUGUUACACCAUCAUCUCUGUUGCACUGUUCCAUUAUGUAUUUUCCACUGUUCAACCAUCAGAUGUUCCACUUUUCCACUAUCAGAUGUUCUACUGUUCGAACAUCAGAUGUUCUAGUGUUCCACCACCUCUGUUCCACUGUUCAAUCAUCAGAUGUUCUACUGUUCCACCAUCGGAUCUUCCACUGUUCCACCAUAAGAUGUUCUACUUUUCUACAUUCUUUGUUCCACUGGUCCACCAUCAGAUGUUUGACUGUUCCACAAUCAGAUGUUCCACUGUUCCAACAUCUCCCUUCCCCUGUUCCACUGUUCUACUAUUCAACCAUCUCUGUUCCACUGUUCCACCAUAAGAUGAUCUACUGUUCCGCCAUCUCUGUUCCACUCUUCCACCAUAAGAUGUUCUACUGUUCCACCAUCUCUGUUCCACUGCUCCACCGUUAGAUGUUCUACUGUUCCACCAUCUCUUUUUAACUAUUCCACCAUAAAAUCUUCUACUGUUUCACCAUUAGAUGUUUCACAGUUCCACCAUCUCUGUUACACUGUUCCACCAUCUUAGUUCCACUGUUUCACCAUAUCUGUUCCACUGUUCCACGGUUAAAUGCUGUACUUUUCCACCAUCAAAUGCUCAAUUGUUCCUCUGUUCCUCUGUUCCACCUUCAGAUGUUCUACUGUUCCACAAUCACAGUUCCACUGUUCCACGAUCGCUGUUCGACUGUUCCACCAUUUGAUGUUCGACUGUUCCACUAUUAGAUGUUUCACUGUUCCACCAUCUCUAUUCCACUGUUCCACCAUCAGAUGUUCUAGUGUUCCGGGAUAAGAUGUUUUACUGUUCCUCCAUGAUAUGUUCCACUGUUCCACCAUGAUUGUGCCACUGUUUCUCCAUCAGAUGUUCUACUGUUUUACCAUCAUCUCUGUUCCACUGUUCCAGUGUCAGAUGUUCCACAUUUCCACAACCAGAUGUUGUAAUGUUCCAACUCGAGAUGUUCCACUGCUCCACGAUCAGAUGUUCCACUGAUCCACCAUCAGAUGUUCUAGUGUUCCGCGAUCAGCUGUUCCACUGUUCCACCAUCAGAUGAAACAUUGUUCUACUUUCAGACGUUGUACUAUUCCACCAUCUCAUUUCCAAUGUCCCAGUGUUCCACCAAUAGAUGUUCUACUGUUCCACCAUCAUCUCUGUUCCACUGUGCCAUUAUGUAUUUUCCACUGUUCCACUAUAAGAUGAUCUACUGUUCCGCCAUCUCUGUUCCACCCUUCCACCAUAAGAUGUCAUACCGUUCUACCAUUUCUGUUCCACUGUUCCACCGUUAGAUGUUCUACUUUUCCACCAUGUCUUUUUUUACCGGCGGGGCUAAAGUACAGGUCACAGGUCACAGGUCAGGUUACAGGUCACAGGCCACAGGCCAGGUCACAGGUCAGACCACAGGCCACAGGUCAGGUCACAGGUCAGAUCAUAGGUCACACACAAAAACAAUGGGACACUGGACAAAACUGUUCUUGAUUGACAUUUUAUUAUACAAAAAUAAAACAAGCCAAGGAACGUCAAUUAUAUUUUUUCUGUCCUGAACUUUACCAAAUCCCACACAUGUGAAAAUAUAUUCAUGUUGAUCACGCAAGGAUGACUUGCGUUACAGCGUAACCAAAGUUAGAAACGAAAUCACAAAGGUACGCAAAAUCACGUGAUUUGUUAGAAAAAACGAAUCUCAAAACGAAGGGUUGUUGCGUUUAGCAUAUCAUGACGUGUUUGUGGAUGUUUUGAAAUGCAUUCGACGGGAAAACGGAAGAAAAACUUAAGGACAGUCUAAAACUUAUUUGACCACUGAAAUACGGCAACUUUCUUCAGACUUUCCUCAUCCUAAACUCUUCUUGCCACUAGAUCGGUCUUCCAUCUCUUUUGAAGAUGGCGGCCUGCUACUCGCGCUUCCUACCAGUCACAAAAUACUGCUGUGUUAAAGUGUAGUCGGCUAAGAACAUCAGACACUGCUAUUUGGGCCUCUCGGAUAGUUGCUAGACCAUAUUUCUUAGCUCUUCUCCCAAGAGCUUGCCAUUUUCUCACGCUCUGUUGCACAGCUUGAAAAACCUCUGUUGGAUUUGCCUCGUGGGCCUUAGGUGGGAGCAUUCUGCCAUUACUACUUGAAUCUUUGACUCUGUAAACCGCUGAUGUAUCAAAGGAUUUCAGUGCUGCAUUUCAAUGACUUGCUCCAAGUUAUCUUGGCUGCACGGUUUAUUUGGAGAUGACAUUCUAAUAACACGACAACACUUCGUUUUCAGUGAAAAACAUGUGAUUUGUCUUUCGUACAAAUCACAUGAUUUUGCACACCUUUGUGAUUUCGUUACGAAGUUUGGAUAUGCCGUAUGAUCAGCACGAAAAUAUUAUUCCAUGUGUGGCAUUUAAUAUUGUUUAACGGACAGAAAUAUCAUCAAGGUUCCUUGGCUUAUUUUAUUUUUGUAUAGUAAAACAUCAGUCCAGAACAGUUUUGUCCAGUGUCCUAUUAUUUUUUGUGUGACCUGUGAUCUGACCUGUGGCCUGUGACCUGUGACCUGUGGCCUGUAACCUGACCUGUGACCUGCACUUUAGCCCCGCCGUCCACCUUCUCAGUUCCACUGUUUCAUUAUGUCUGUUCCACAGUUCCACUAUUAGAUGCUGUACUGUUCCACCAUCAGAUGUUCCAUUGUUCCACCAUUUCUGUUCCACUGUUCAAUCAUCAGAUGUUCUACUCUUCCAACGUAAGAUUUUCCACCGUUUAACGAUAAGAUGUUAGACUGUUCCACAAUCAAAUGUUCCACUGUUCCACCAUCUCUGUUCCACUGUUCCACUGUUCCACUGUUCUACUGUUCAACCAUCUCUGUUCCACUCUUCCACGAUUAGAUGUUCUAGUGUUCCACCAUCAAAUGUUCUACUGUUCCACCAUUAGAUGUCCUCUAUUCCACCAUCUCUGUUCCACUGUUCUAUCAUUAGAUUUUGUACUAUUCCACCAUCUUUGUUCCACUGUGCCACCAUCUCUGUUCCUCUGUUUCAC